UUCCGCCCGCAUAUCUUCAUAAUUUACAAGAGUGACAAAAUUAUGUGGAGCUAAAAACGAAUGCAUUCACUAACGAAAUGUCAGUCUAGACCGACUUUUGACAACAGCAACACAUAUUGUACAAAAAGUCUGCAAAGAUGAGACACCUUGGAGUUUUUGUAAUAGUAUUUGCAUUAUUUAUCUCUUCGCCUGUGAUGUCUCAGGGUAAUAAUACUAAUAUUGCCACAAACACAACAUCAGUGGAAGCCAAGUCCCUUGAAGAUAAGAAAUCAGGCCUCGCCUUUCUGAGCCAGGUGUUGUCCCUGAAGUCGAACAACUCACAAUCAGCGACGUCGGUGCUGAACGGCGCGGGCACCACCCUGUCGGCCGACGACGACCCCGACAAAAUCGCGCCGUUCGACCUGCUGAGUGACGCGGAGAAGCGGUCGCAGUUCAUCACCGAGCUGUCCACCCCUGGCUCGAGCGGCAGCUACGCGACCAGCAACUCGUACCAGCAGUACGGCAAAGUCAUUACCUACGCCAUCUCGCUGUCCUACGCGCCCCUGCAGCCCGCGACGAAGACGACGACGACCACCACCGCAAAACUCGAGGCCCCUCAGGAGCAGCCGCCGGAACAGGGGGAUAAGGUGAAGAAGUGGGAUCCGGCCAACCAGCACUGGGCCCCGCGGCCGAACGCCUGGAACGGACACUCGUACUAUUACCCUUAUUACUACAUUCCAGGCAAACACUCUUUUUACUUUCCGCCCGUUGAUGGGCACCGAAAAUGACGGGACUGAUUACUCAAAUGUUCUGUCAUUUUAAUCAAUAAAAUUAUCAAUUUUAUGCUACA